AGAACAAAAAAAAAGAAGAAAGGGAAACAGCGUGUGAAGGGGAGAGGUCGCGUUCAUUGCUAAAGCAAACCCUUUGAGAAAGCGAGGGUUAGAGAGAGAGAGAGAGAGAGAGAGAGCGAGAGAGGGGGGAGAGAGAGGGAGGAGAGGGAUAAGAAGAGGUGGUCAAAGGUGGAGCUCUUUCCCUAGAUUUUCUAGGGAUCCGGAGGCGGAAGAAGCGGCGGAGGAGGGCGUAAUUGAAGUUAUUUGGGUGUGCAAGUUGGGAAUUUGCAUCUGGUUUGGGGCUUGGGAGGAUUGUUUGUGAUCACAUACACCUUAGGUCAUUGGCAAACAGAUCAUCAUUCGCUUGUUAACGAAAUAAAUGAAUUCACAGUCUUGAAUUCAAAUCCUCCAAGAUCUAUAUAUUGCAAGACACUAUGACACUUGAAGAUUUCUUUACUCUCACAGAGUUGAAGGAUGGUGUUUCUACUGUUUCGAGGAUUGAAGAGCUGGUCUCUGCUAUCGAAAAGCUAAAACAUUGUGCUGGUAAUAACAUGAGCGAUUCAAUAAGACAGUGGUCGGCAGUUGCAAAUACGUUAGCAUCCACGAAGAACACAGAGUGUCUUAAGCAUUUUGUUCAGUUAAAAGGGAUCUGUUUUCUCAGUCAGUGGCUUCAGGAAGCUCAGAAGUAUGGUAAUAAUGUUAGCGGUGAGGUCGCGGAGGAGUUCAUGAAAGUGCUUUUAGCAUUACUUGAACUGCUCCCAAUUGACAACGAACAGUCGAUUUCUUCUGGAAUUAAAGCUUCUGUUGAAGAACUGCUUUCCCAUGGGAAUGUCGAAAUCAAGGAGAAGGCAAAGCUGUUAUAUGAUAAGUGGUGUAGUGCAAAGGAUGAUGGUAUAAAAUGCUCUCCAGAGAAUAGGCAAACAGCUGAAGAGGUUGUAGGUACAAGGAAUGGUGAGCAUGAUCUCGCAGAUUCUGUAAAGGCUCAGUCUGAUCCAACUGUCUCAAGAUGUUCAAACAAUAAGAAAAGCAAUGCCUCAAAUAAUGGAAAAUUUUCUUUAUCGAAUCAAAUUCCUGAGCAGACUUCUUCAGAUUCCACUGGGGGGAAUGCUGUUUUAGGAGAUAGUCCUGCAACGUCUUUUCCGAAGAAGGAAACUUCUUUAGUUUCUAGUGAUAUUGAAAACUUUCAUGGUGAGACCUAUUUAAUGAGGACCAAAGAAGUAGAGCCUAUGAAUAUGACAACUGAGCCAAUAGAUAAGAAGUCAAGCAGGGCUACGGAAUAUGAUGAUGAUAUGGAUGCUUUGGAAGUUGCAGUGCAAGUUGCUAUUGAAGUCAAGCGGGAUGUAGUCGACUACCGAGAAGCUUCUUGUAGCUCUCCAGAGGUCAAUUCUGGAGACACAGGAAGUGCUUCUGAGCCCGAUGUUGAAGACUCCAAGCAAAGUCAACCAACUACACAGGAAAAUAACGGCAGAAAUUCAUCAUCUCUUAAAGAAGAUGGUUCAGGGAUCACAGAGAACCCCAGUUCCAAUAGCGUGAAACACGACCAAGAUUCGAACUUGACAUCCUGUACUCAGGUAUCAGAUUCUAAGUCUGAGAGGGACAGAUGUGGGUUUGAUCUUAAUGUGGAUUAUAAUUGCACUGGAGAAAUUGACUGUUCGAUGAAGCCUGUUUCUAAUGACCCUAUGGUAAGUUCUGCACCUAUUCUUGUUGCUGCUUCAAAAGGUGCUCCAGUAAUACCGCUUGCCGCUCUCCAGUUUGACAGUGGAUCGGGUUGGAAGGGCUCUGCUGCAACAAGUGCUUUUCGACCGGCUUCUCCCCGAAGGGCUUCUGAAAAACAGAAAGUUAGCUUUUCUGGAAUUGACUUAAAUGUGGUGGAAAGUGAAGAUGCCGUGACUGUUGAAGAUUCUUCUAUAGAAAUUGGUUCGAGAAGAGAGAAGAUUAACUUGGACCUUAACCAAAAUGGUGACCAGAGUCUCUCUUCCGCAUCUUCAUCAUCUUCAAGGCAACCUGUUUUUAGAGAUUUUGACUUGAACGAGAAUCUAUUUAACAUCGAUAACAGCGGUUCUCAUGCAACACAGGAACGAGAUAAGCUCAGUAACACUGCUGUCAUUACAAUCAUGGGUUCGAGAAUGGCUGUCGGUAGGAAUGACCUCCCAACCCAAACCCAAAAAUCUUUUCUGCCCAGCUGGCCAAAUACAGCGAGCCGAGAUGCUUUGCGAUCUCUGCCGCCUUAUCCUCACAUGCCGCCACACCUGGUUCCUAUUCCUCCUGCAUUCUACGUACAAGGAAGCAUCCCCUACAUGGUUGAUUCCAGAGGGACCCCCGUGGUACCACAAAUAGUGGGUCCAGGAUCGAACAAUGCCCCAUCCGUAAGGCCCCCUUUCACUAUUAACUUAAUGGGUGCACCCUUAUCAGAUCAAUUUGGAGUAUUUCGACCCGGUUUGCAUGCGAAUUAUGGAACAGCACCAGUUGAGAGUGGGACUAGGCCAUUGCUACAAAGGCAUAAUGGUUUGGUUGACGAACAUGGGAGAAGCGUGUCACAGCCUUCUAGUUCAGUGAUGUCAUUGAAGCGGAAGGAACCUGACUUUGGCUGGGGACAGCAUGAGUAUAAUUACAAAUAUGCCCCUUCACAGCAAUAGUCAUUCUUUCCUUCUGAUUUUUCUUCCCGGUAGAAGCCAUAAUUCAUCAUAAGGUGGCUUAAAUGGAUAGUCGAUCCAUCGAUAUUGUUCGUGGCUUAAAUGGAUAGUCGAUCCAUCGAUAUUGUUUGCUGAUUCGACGAGGUGGGAGAGGCUAAUAGCUAAAUAGAAGCCAGGUUAAUAUAUAAGUAUUAAGUUCUUAGCAAUAUCCGAAGGGUCGAAUUCAUUGCUCACAAGUAUUUGUAGGGUUGGUUGCUUCACAUGGCAUUCUUUGUUGUUGAUUUAUUAUAGAGGAGAUCAUAGCUUUAUAGUAGCACCUAUGCGCACAUCAAUAUUCUAAAUGAGUGAACGAGUCGUGAGUUUCCUUGUAUCUGGCUUUGAUCUGUAUGUACAGCAGAUAAACUAUCUUUUGAGUUUUCUUCUGUCAAAAUGCGGAUUUCGUUCUUUAUGUAUCUAUAGCAGGGGGUAUUACCAGCUAUACCAUUUUGUUUGCUCGUAAUGGAGAUUAUAUUGGCUAUUUACAGUCCGAGUUUGGCGUAAAUGACUUUUGGAUUUAUCUGGAAGGAACUCUUGUGGUGUAAUCUUUUGUAGUAACAAGAGCUACCACACAUACUGAUUUAUGCUUUUGCCACCUCAAAGUUGCGUUGAUGCUGAUACUGGAACCACCAGGAAUUUUGCUUGAUCAAUAGGCAAAACACCAGUGUGCAAAAGUGAGCAACUGCUGACACCAUGUCACAGGUGAAACUGAUUUGUUUUUAUAAUCCAAGUAAACUCAGAGCCAGUGUUUGGUUGA